UGAAGGUGUGUUAAGGUUCUUGUCUGCUCUUGUUUCUUUAUAUUAGGAGUGACACAUUUGGCCUCCCAAAGAGAUUGCUUGUCUUUUUGGUGCUACGGACCUGUCUGACUGGGCGGAUUAUCUUUCUGAUGCAAUCGAUAUACAAGACAGAAACACAUUUAAAUGGAUAUUAGUUGAUUGCCAGCAUAGAUCGAGGACCAGAGACAGAGCCUCAACUCGGUGAGCAGUCGGUAUAUUUUAGCUAUGUUUCUUAAUCACACUUUCUGACUGAAUUUCAAUUAAUGUUCAAUGAUUUAUUGUAUUUUAAAGUAAGUUUCAACAAUUACUCUCCUCUCUCCUCCUCUCCUCUCUCUCUCUUUUUCGUGCUCUCUUUUCUGUAUCUCCUUUUCUUUUUCUAACUCCCUCUAUCUCUCUCUCUCUCUCUCUCUCUCUCUCUCUCUCUCUCUCUCUCUCUACAUUGAAGAUUAUGUAUUCUAGGCACAAACAUUAUUUUUUAAAUCUCUGUUGAAUUUUAAAAACAAGUUGUAUCAGUUUAAUUUUAAAACGAAUUUUUUAAAGAAUUUAGUUUUGCAAUCAAAUUAUGUUACAAAAAAUUAUAAAUUAACACUCCUGCAACCAUAACAUUUUUUAAAUAAUUUAUUCAAAACAUUUCAGAUACAGAAUAUAGUGUAAGAGACUCAAUGUAAAAUCGUGCUAAUAUCAAGAAAAAUGAAACGUUCUAUAUAAGCAAAAUAUACUUUUUGAAAAAUUAAUCCAAAUUUUAAACAAAAUCGUUUAAGAAAAGGCAUACCAAUUAUUUAAACUCUUAAGCGUCUGGUGUUUACAAUCUAUAAUUUUUUAAAGAGUUGUUAUCGUAUUUUUUAAAACUUGCUCACAUUUUACAUGUCUUUUAAAAGUUUUAAUUAUUACUACUACAGAGACAGUCGCCAUGGGAAUGACACGUGUGAUUUAUAUUUUAUUUCUAACUUUUACAAUUCUACCUGAUGUGAGAAGUGAGGGUAAGUCAUGGUAUCUACUAAAAUACCAUUUUGGUAAUAUUUGAGUAAUAUGUGGAUAAUAUUUGGGUACAUAGGUUUGAGGAGAGAUUAUUUUCUUUUUAAAUUAAUGGACGUAAACAAAUGCAACAAGAAAUAUAAUAAAAUAAAGACAUCUUGCAUGUGUAUUUCUGUAUUCGUUUUUAUGUCAAUUUUUUUUUGUAAUUUGAAUCGUUUAUUGCGUGAAACUGGUUUGAAUCAAUUCAUAAACUCAAGUAAAGUGUGUUAGUUGCUGCUAUUCAUUAACCUCAUGUUAAAUGUAAUGAAGGAUUCAAAUGUAUGUGUGUAUAUAUAUUUAUAUGUUGUUUUUUUUUAAACUGCAUAAUCGGUUUUUAAAUUCGAGGUUUAAGUCAGGUAUCUAAGAAGCGUAUUUAUCAGCCGCUUUCCGUGUCACGUCUGGUUGCAAUGACAAUGGAGGCAGUUGAGUAAACAUUGGUGUCCUCAAUUGUUAUUGCUAAAGACCAAGUUUCAUUUAAAAUGCAGAAAUAAUAUCACACAUUUUAUUAAUCAGCUUAUUUUUCCCUUAUUAACGAGUAUUUGCGUAAUUUAGUUGGCUGGUUGUAUCGAUUAUAAAUGCAAAGUCACAAUCCCAUUCUUUGUCUAAAAAAGUGUUUAUAUAGUUGCAUUUCUAGUGGCAAAUCAAACACUUUUUUCAACAUUUUAGCACGCAUCAGCCAUCUUACUUCUGCAUAAAUUGUAAGGACUGUAAGAAUCUGUGUCCAAAGACUUUUGGAGUUCUUGGAAAAGACAGCGAUUUAACACACGUAUCUUAAUGAAGGUCAUUAUUUUGACGACCUUUGUCAUGAUGUGGUCCAUUUUGAGGGACAAAUUUAGCAUUGAAGUAUUACCGAUGCUGGUGCUGGGUGGCCGAGUGGUCUACACUGAGCAAAUCUCAAGUUUGUGGUCUGGAAUUCAAUUCAAGCCACAGCCAGAGUCUCCGGUGCACAAGCGCCUGACAGGCAGCCUUGAGCCGAGUCGUCUAAACAGAGCAAAUCUCAAGUUGUGGAUGGGUUUUCAAACCCUGCUAAAGCCAAGUCCAGCAAAAAAAAAAAAAAAACCCUCACCAGCACGCCGUCGUCUUCCAUAACAAGUGAAGUGAAGCUUUCAGCCCCCGUGUUGCCCUUAUUCUGUCCUCGUCCAUGGACCGAUAGACCGGGUCAACUAAAAUGAACACAAAAAAAAAAAAAAAACCCUCACCAGCACGCCGGGUAGAUGGGACUCGUUAACCUUGGUCGGCAAUUCAUCUAAGAGAAGGAAACUCUACAUUCAAACCCGGAGAUGGCGUCCCCUACAUGCGGCAAACCUCGAAACAAUGAACCAUUCGAACAACCCCUGUGACACCCGGAUGUCAUCACCGAGAGCGCAGUGAGCAUGCUAAAAUAGCAUGGAUACUUAGAACUAUACAAUCAAUCAUCAAUCAAUUUAGAUUUCUCAUUUUCCAUCAAUUUUACUAAACCUUCCUGUUUCACAACAAGUGCUGGAGCGCCAUCCAUUUACCAAUAACGAUUCAAUGUCGAUGCAACUGCCUCUAACAAAUCUUGUGACUUAGUAGUGUCCUUAAGUGUAUAUAAUAACGCUAAUUCCACUGUCUUUUUAAAAUGGACAUCAACACCCCUAAUAGUUGGACAGUAUCUUCCAUAUCUGUGCUCUAAUCCAAUGCUAGAGCAUAGAAUAAAAAUUCAGAUGAUCGACUUUUUAAAUUAUCUUCAAUAUGUUUUCCAAAGUCGUCCAAACAUUUGAAAUCUCCUUAAAUGCAGGAUAAUUAAUUAGACUAGGUCAAAACCAAUGAUUUUUUUUAAAUGCGAGAUAUUUCAAAUUUUUCUUAGUUUUAAUUAAAAAAUUAUGAUACGAACGCCUAAUUAUGUUAUGUUCUUUUACUGAUGUGUACAAUAAAGUUUACAUUUAUUUUCAAUCUACCUAGCUUUGCGGGCCACAAUAUGACUGAAGGCAUGCCGCACGCUGCCCGCGGGCCUCAUAUUGGCCACCAUUAAUCUAACAAUUUCAUUAAAAACUCUAAAAUAUGUUUUAAAUUGUACUAAAGUACAGUAAUUUUAUAUAUGUCUUUUAGUGCCAUGCAAGUGGAAAGAUUCCAUUCCGUCUGAAGGCGCAUGUUUCCUGUACAAUACAUCAAGUCUUUCCUAUGAUGAUGCCCAGGUACACCUUUUUUUUUACCCUUGUUUUCUUUAUAUGCAUACUUACAUAAGUGUGCCCUGGUCAGGUGUAUGGACUGCAGAACAAAACAAAUAGAUUUGGUUGGGUUCAGGAUAUAAAAGAUAUUUAUAGAUCCCGCCACGCAACAGGACGUGUUUUUUGUUUAACAGUUUUGAUUUUAAUACAACAUUUUUUUAAAAAUAUUUGUUGUUGUUGUUUUUUUUUAUAAAGCACAGAUUAGUUGGAUUAUUAAAAUAUUGUUUCAACAUAGCCAGUAGGCUUUACAUUUCUUGUCCACGAGGGUUGGGUUGAUGUUGUAUUUACUUGUUGAUGUUUUUUUUAAAAAAUCUUCUUUUACUGUUAAAUGUUGUUGUUUUUUUUUGUCGAUUCCGCCAUUUAUGAGAUGAAAAUAAGACAGAAUUGAGAAAAUCAAAACUCUGCAUUCCCUCAGUCAUUUUAUUGAAAUACAGAAUUAUAAAAUGAAUAUAAAAUGUCUACUUCAGGCUUCAUGUCAAUUAAUUGGUGGACUUCUGGCAAAGGUGACGACCAGGACGCAGUUACUUGAUUCAACCAUAAAUGUAGACAACUGUGAGUCAUAGAAUAUAAGGAGUUGAAUUAUUAUUCUGUCAACGUUUACCCGGGAGCCGUCACAAUGAGGUACAGAUCGUGAUCAUCCGCUUAAGCCCUGCUGAAAAUGUAUGAUAACGUCUUUAACACAGUGGAUGCAAAGUCUAUGUUGUCAUCCUCUGGGCCUUAAACUGGUGUCCCUGCUAUUGUUAAAUUACAAAGCUGGUUGAUUGCAUAUUUAUGAAAAUCUGGCCGAUAUAAUUCGUUCCCUUUCGGCCGAUACAUUUCCUGAUUCAUACUGCAUCAAAUGGUUAAAAUGUGUUAUCUGCUCGACUUAAAAAAAAAGAUUUUUCAGAGUUGUAUCUUCAGGCUUAUACGCAGAGCUCACUGGUUAGGUUUGGAAUAAAACACUCUUCAUUCACAUCUGAUUUAAAGUGUUUACUUAUUUGACAUAGUCUUAAUGCGUUGGGUUGAAGAAAGGGGGUGGACUAUUUUGUAGCUGUGUAUAUUAGCAAUAUGCACUAGAGACCGACCGAAUUUCGGCUUCGGCUUCGGUUUCGGCGCCGAAGGUGGCCAUUCUAUCACUUUCGGCCAAAUUUUGGUUUUGGCUGAAACUAAAUAGUUAACUUUCGGCUUAAUUUCGGUUUCGGCCGAAAGAGAAAAAUUAACUUUCAGUUUUUUUUCGGUUUCGGCCGAAAUUGACUUAGACUUUGGGCAAUCCGGCCGAAUGUGACUCAGGUUUUCGGUCAUUUAAUACUCAGCGAAAGCGAUAUUUAACAACAAACUAAGCAACAUUUAACACCAAACUAAACGAUCUUUAAAACAAACUAAGCGAUCUUUAAGAACAAUCUAAGCGAUCUUUAAUAACAAAAUAAACGAUCUUAAAGAACAAACUAAACGAUUUUUAAGACCGAACUAAAUGAUCUUUAGGAACAAAACAAAUUAUCUUUAAUAGGUAACUAAAUGAUUUGUAAGAAUAAACUAAAAAUCUUUAACAGAAAACUAAAUGUUCUUUAGGAACAAAUUAAAAGAUCUUUAAGCACAAACUAAUCGAUCUUAAGGACCACAAUCAAUUAUCUUUAAAAACAAACUAAGCGAUCUUUAUGAAAAAACUAAGCGAUCUUUAACAACAAACUAUGCGACCUUUAACAACAAGCUAAGUGAUCUUUAUGAACAAACUAAACUAUCUUUAACAACAAAAUAAGCGAUCUUUAAGAACAAACUAAGCGAUCUUUAAGAACAAAUUAAGCGAUCUUUGAGAAUAAACUAAGCAAUAUUUAGAACAAAGGAAGUGAUCUUUAAGAACAAACUAACCGAUCAAUAACAACAAACUAUACGAUCUUUAUAAACAAAUUAAGCGAUCUUUUAGAACCACAUUUUUUAGAGACCCGCUUUAAAAAAAAAAUAGUUUGCAUUAAUUCCCCCCCCCCUCCCCCCCAAUUUUUGCCAAAUUUUCUCCUACCAUACUAAUUUAAAAAAAAUUGCAAAGCAAUUUAAAUUACUUUUAUAUUAAAAUGGUAAAUUCCAUUUUAUGCAUUAGAUCAAGGGUCUCAAACUCAAAACAAGGGGGGGGGGGGGGGGGGGACGGGACAGAAGGUAGUGUCUGAAUGAGAGUGGGCCGCAUCAAGUAAUCCACAAAAAAGCGAUUACAACUGUUACGAUCUGCUCGACAUUUAUAAAUAACAAUAAAAUCAUUAAGGGUUCUCAAGAACUAGGAUUCACUUUCAUCCACCUACUCACUGUUGCAUACAAAAAUAUGUAUUAACAUGAAAAAAAAAAACAGAAUUAGACUAGUCGUGAGAUUUGACUGAAACCGUCGCGGAGAGUCAUGUUAUAGAUUUGAGAAUGGGGGAAACGGGCCGGCGCAUUUACACUAAACUUUUAUGUCCUGUAGCGGGACGCAAAAUAUCGUCUUGCGGGUCACCAAUGGCUCGCAGGCCGCGAGUUUGAGACACCUAUAUUAGAUGUUUAUUUAUUAAUAUUUACGAUUAUCUCAUUUUUUAUAAAAAGAAUGUAAAUAUUUAUACUUUCCCAAAUCACUUUUAUGUAUGCGGGAACGAAUUUCAAAAUAUCUUAAUAUUUCAUAUUCGGUUUCGGCCGAAAGUCAUUUUUAAACUUUUGGCACUUUUUUGGUUUCGGCCGAAAUCAGAAAAUCACUUUCGGUCGGUCUUUAAUCUGCACACUUUUCCACCAUGAGCUAUUUCCAUUUUUCCGUCUGAAGCAUAUAUGCUUCCCAAACUAUAAUUUCUGAUUGGCCAUAUUAGCACUGGAAUUUAUGUCCAGUUUAUUUGGACAAGCCUUUUUUACACAUAACAAUCAACAUAUGUGCUGAUAGAUGUUGGUUAAGAAGAGUCAUACGAAAUGGCUGUUAUCGUAAAUGAAGUAAAUGGUCAAGUUUAUUUAACAUUCUCCAUUUCCCGUAGAGCUUUGUUUCAUUCUGUGUGCCUUUUUACCACGUCUGGGGCAUAGGCCGUCCACAACAAUUUUCCAUCCAUCACGUUGUUUAGACCUUUAUAUCCUUUCUUGUACAUGUUAAUUGAUGUAGUCAAACUGUUAUUUUUCUCAUUUACUCCUCUAACUUUCAAAUUUAGCAACGUUUUUUGACAAAAUUUCUCUCAAAUUUAAAAUAUUCUAAUAGUUUUAAGACUUUGCCGUUAAAAACUCUUUUAAACACUUGAUAGCAUUUGGGCAUUUUUCUCUAUAUUAUUUGGUCAUUCUCUCUCUAUUACUUGGUCAUUUCUCUCUAUAGUAGGUGGUUAUUUCUCUCUCUGCUCGCGACGACGAUUACAUAAACCCCACCACAAAAUCAAGAUUUUCCUGAAAUUGUAAAAGAGAUUGGUUAUAACAAAUGUGUACCCCUCAGUCUCAACAUGUGCCUGAUUGGUUUCUUUCUUUAAUUUCUUGUACGCGUUCAGGCGUCUUGAUCACAAUGAAUUGAACGCACGUUCCUUUUACAGUUCAAAUGCACAUUUUCAUCCAGAAACAUACAGUGGAUUAGCAACAUGUAGAGCGUUCCUAGUAAUAAGUAGAAGGAUGUAGUGCAACCUUCAUCCACAUUGAUCUCUCAUCAACUGCUAAGCUAACUGCACAUUUAGCAAUGACAUGCUAGAGAAACCACGUCAUUGCUACAAUAAUAAAACGCAAACAUAACACAAGCCCAGAGGCGGUAUAAGCGUUCAUUAACACAAGAAACACCACGCACAACACAACACAAUAUUUGGUUCGUCAAAAUGUCUGGUCAAUACCCAUAAUCGACACGACACCCUUCAAAAACUUACAACCCCCACCACCACGCCCCCCUGUCUUUCCUUCAUUUGCACAGGGGAGAGAAAUAGGUUUAGCUGCAUUAGACAAGACAUUAGGCGAAUAAAAACAUAUGUCUUCCGACUCCUAAAUAUUUACCCAACACACUAGGGUGAACAAACGUCACGAAAAAACGGUAUUGUCCCGUUUUUCACGAUCGUACCGAUGUGUCCUUCGGGGUGCCUAAAUUUUACCAUUUCGAAAACUAGUUUUAAAAUCACUAAAUUUUCAUAAUUUAUAAUAUAACUUCAAGUAAUAUUUCGGCUGGCUGUGUAGCCAGUAAUGAUAUGGGCUCGCGUGAUGGCUGCACUGUCCCCCACCCCCCUCCACCACACUGCCGUCGAUGCGUAGUCGACGGUGUCCCUGUAAUAGGUCUUACUAUUUUGCAAAUUGUGUACCAAUAAAUAAGUAUUCAGUGAAAAAUAAUUGUUUUCGUUUAUGAUAUGCUUAAGAGUUUAAAUAAAAUUACAAAUCUUAAGGUAAAAUAAAAGGAUUUCUAGGACUCAAAAUAGUUAAAAUGAGCAUAUGUCAACCAACAAUUUCCCGCGGAGAUCUCUGGAUCAUUAUUUAGCUGGAGGGUAUCCACCUAAACUGUCCUUGGGUGUGUCCCGUUUUUUUCCAAUUCAUGAUUUGGAUACCCUACCCUACACCACCUAUCGGCUUUUCUUUUGAUGCUAUCUGAUGAGUCUUGAUUUUUACAGUUAUUAAAAUAUUUCAUUGCACCAUUUUAUUAUACGACCGAGCUCUAUUCGUAGAAAAGAUUGUUGUGAACUAGAUUGCAGUGAAUGUUUGGUAGAAGGAGUACUUGAGUUAGGAGUUAGGAAGUCCAUCGGAGAUCUUCGAGAUUUAGAGUUAGAGUGAAGAGAUAUUAGUAAUUAAUUUUAGGCUCACUUUAGGGCCUGAGGCCUGAUGAUAGUAUUUUUCUGCUGCAUGAAUUAUGUAGCAACUGUGUUUUAUAACAAAUGGCUGUUUUAUUUCACUGAGAUAAAACACAAUUUACUAUGGACUAUUUAAUGUUUGAGUUACAUUACUAAGAGAGAGAUGAGAAUUACUCCAACAGGUCUGACGAAGGUUUAGACAUAGUAUAUUCGAAAUCGGGAGUUGAUGAAAACGAAAGAAGGCCGUAUAAUUUAAUAGAUUAAUAGACAAUGAAAGAAUUAUUGUUUGUUUUGAUACUGCAGAUAUUUCAGUGUGGAUCGGUGCCAAUGAUAAGGCUGUAGAGGGAACAUGGAUUUGGGAAGACCGCAGUGUUGCUACUGAGCUGUACGAACUUUGGUCUAAAUCUAAAAAAGAGCCAAGCAAUUCAACGGCCAAUGAAGACUGCGCAGACAUCUAUAAGGACGAUGAUGAACUUGAUAUGUUUGAUGACCCAUGUGGCGAGCUUUAUACUUUUAUGUGCAUGGAGAAAGGUACUUAAUUUAUUAAUAUAUAACUACAUUUUGUUCGUUAUAGUCAACAUAAUGUAAAGAAUGAAACACAUACGACUUUCCAUUUACAUAUUACAAGUCACAACAUUUUUUCUAUUAUCAGUGAAUAGCAUUUAUUAAGCAAACAAAUAAAUCUGGCUUACGAAAAAAAAUCAUCCAUUAUCAUGCUAUUAUAUUACAAUUUAUAAACAUUACAUUAAAAAUAAGAAAUCCAGCACAAAGACACCACAUGGGAAUAAAUCAAUUAAAUAUUAUAAAACGCUAACUUGGUUUAAUGAUAAAUAUACAUGAAAAACAAAAAUUGCGAAUGAUAAAAAAAAAUCAGAAAAAACAUUACGUAUUUGUGAUCAAAUAUAUUUUUCCUAUUUUAAUGAGAAUGCGUUUUAGAUAAACGUUGCACGGUUCCUACGUUUAGUUCACACGAUACAAUUUGGGUAAUUUUCUCGUCGAAUUUCGUUUUUAAGGCACUAUGUUGUAACAGAAUCGUGUUCGUCCAAAAAGAAAUUUGAAGAAAAUUUGACCGUGGAGGCAUCAAUGUUGUAUUACCCAAACACUGGUUACAUACUUAACAACAAUUCCGUCGCGCAAGUGUAAACGAGAUGAUCUAACUUCAUUCUAGAAAAGGUAUGAUACAUUUCAGCAGGGUCAGAAUCGAAAGAAACUUAACUUUUUUUGUUUCAUAUACUUGACAGUUGAAAUCACAACUCCUUAUCAGGAGGCUUCUACAAGCACAACAAGCGACCCAGCUGCAACUGUACCUACAACCAACGACUCUGCCACAACCGAACCUACAACCAACGACUCUGCUACAACCGAACCUACAACCAACGCGAUCUUAACCUCCACGUCAACAGGAACAUGCCCAAACAAUUCGGCACAAUUCAUCGAGUUUAAUGCUCUCUUAUUAUAUCUUUUUUCCGUGGUCAUUUACCUAGUUAUUUGAAGCUAAGUGGAUUGUUGCGAGUUUAUACAUUUUUUGCAAGACAGGAACUCAGUUUUUGAUUUGAGAUAUUAAUACAACAAUUUCUAAAGAAUACGUGGCACAUACAGUGUGCACGACAUCUAUUAUUUAGCUUUUUGAAAUUUAAUGAUUUGUUUCUUUUUAAAUAUUUACCCUUUUUUAUGCUAGAUAGUAAAUUAUUUGCUUGCUUUAAAAGAAUUUAGAGCAAUAUUUUUCAAAAUCUGAAGAUAAAAACAAAUUAAUAUAUGAUUUACAUAAGAUGCUAAUAAUGUCAAGAGAUUGCUCAGUGACAAUUUUCAAGUUAUUCAUUUCAACCGAUUUCAACCCGUGCCUAAAUUUGGUUCGAAACCAUAUUGUUUUAUAAAAUAGGUGCGAUGGAAUUAUGUUUAAACCUAAUGCUAACAAUGUUAUAUUGCCCAUAUGACAAUACUUCUUAACAUUGCUAAAUAAUAUUUUGUAUGGCCUGCCGCUGCUGAUUGAAUAAUUGAUUCAUUCCAGUGUUCACUCAUCAUACUCAUUUGUUUCUCUCUCUCUCCCUCUCUCUCCCUAUUCCGUUCUCUCUCUCUCUCUCUCUCUCUCUCAUUCUCUCUCUCUCUCAAAGAAGUGAUAACGUACAAUUGUAUACGUCACAGUACUUUAUUACAGUGAGUGAAAUAGUUAAAAGGUCAAAUAGUAUGUCUUGCUAGGAGGAUAUCCUUGAAACAAUUGUAGGAUGCACUCAAUAAAUACACAUUUUCAAUAUUACAUCUCAUAAUACUUUAAUAACCCAUACGAGAAAUGAACCAAGAUCUCUCCUACCUUUUAGAAACAAUCCUACCCUACUCUCUUCUUAAGUGUGUAUUCUACUUCCGCUAUAAAAUAUAGUUCCCUUUCAUCUCGUGAUUUCAUCAGUUUCAUAAAAUCACUACGCAACUGAAUCUUGAUUAUAGCUAUUUGGGUUGUGUCAAAAACACAGUUAACUUGGUCUGUUACAAGAAUGCUGUUUUUAUUGAAAUAAUAAAAUGGAAAUUUUUUUUUAAAAUUUUACUUUAAAAUAAUUGAUGUCAGGAAAAUUUUGAAAAUUUAAAUCGUUCGGUAAACUUAAUAUUUUGUCGAGUUAUUCCUUCCUUAAUUGAUGGCUUGACUCAAUAUGAAGGCUUAGACAAGCUGUGAAUGAUUUUAUUUCAAUCAUCUCUUAUUUUACCUUUUGUUAUUCACACGAUUUAAAGGAAUUUUAACCAGAACCAAUGAUUUAUUUAUAAAUGAAUUUCUUUAAAUUUUACUUUCAUGUAUUUACUUUUAUUGAUUUAACAAAAUGUUUGCAAUGAUUAAUAAAUGAAACACUGAGAUU